AUGGUUGACCGAGAACACAUUAGAUUAGCAUUGGAGGCAGUUAACCACGAAACUGACGACUUUGGGAUCUCUCCACAAAAUGGGCGAGCGGACAAUCAAUGGCUUGUUGACGCUGCCUCCGCUGCUCACUGGCACACGCGACGCUUAAGCUGCAGAAAUGGCAUGUUACCAGGCAGAAAAAUGUCUACACAUCCGGUCUUGGUUUCUCCUUCAUAUUUCUCGAAGCCGGCGUAA